UAUAAAAUCCUAAAAGUAAAAAUGAGAAAUUUUAACCUAUAUACCUUCUUUAUUAUGGGUAGUUUUUUAUUUAUAGUAAGUGGUCAAGAAGGUGUUUUCGUUUUGUGCUGGGCCUUCCUGAGAAACUCACUGUGAUCAUUUAUUUUCCUAUAUAGCAGUGCAUCCCUCAUCUGUAAGGCAUACACAUUUCUACAAUUAUGUUCAUUGGUCGUGAUUUAUAGAAAGUUAAAAUAUUUAAAGCAAUUUAGAAAUUUGCUGGUACUUGAGUUUAGUGUGGCAGUUACUCUCUGAAGUCCUCAAGUCUGGGUUGGAAUUGCAGUUCCUCAGAUCCUCCCCAGCUGGGUGUUGCUGGACAAAAUUGGCCUCUCUAAGCUGGUCUCCUCAUUUAUCCAAUGGAGAUGAUAGCAACUUCAGAGAGGUGCCAUAGGAGUGAGUGAGUGAAUAAUGCUGUAACAUCCUUAGUACAGUGCCGCACAUUUAUUUUCAGAAAAUGGUAAUUGUUACACCUGCUACUGAUACAGUUAAGGUGGUGAACCAUAGGUAAAAUUUCUUGUGAUUUUUAAAUGAUUGGUUUACAGAAAAGGUUUUUACACUACUGGGAAUACUAUCUUAAGGGCACUUGAUCGUCAUCUGCUUACGCUGAUUGUUGUAGUACUCCUCUUACUGCAUUACUAAUAAUAGCUACCAUUUUAUUGAGUGCUUACUUACUAAGAGCUUUAUGUACAAUUUUAUUUAAUUCCCACAAUUAUUAUGAAGCAGGCAUUAUUACAUCUAUUUUUACUGAUUGCGAAACUUAAGUGUAGUAAGACAAAAUAACCCAUCCAGCCCAGCUGGACAGUGGGAAGACUGAUUACCUUCAGAUCUAAGUCCAAAGCCCAUGUUCUUUAACCCCAUGGCUGCUCACUAUACACUUUGCCAUUUGCUUUUCUGUCUCUCCUGGGAAACCUAAGUUUCCUGAAGGGGGAACUGGACAUUGUUUGCAUUCCAAGGUUGCAUUUAUUUUUCAAGCUCUUUUAAACUAAAAGUAAUGUAUAGUGUAUAACAUCAGAACUUGCUAAUGUAAGUGAAACUUAAUAGCUUAUUAAGAAUCUUUCUUAUUGAAAAAUAACAAAAUUUCCCAUUCUAACAGAAAACUUGAAGGAUUAGGACUUGUUUUUCAGACGUAUUGCCAGUCUCCGCCAUGGUAACAAUUUGAAUUUACUAUAUUUGGCUUUGCAUUAUUGUACACUAAGUACUCACUUAAUCUUCUUUUCAGGUUAUAAGCCUCUUUCAUCAUUGCAAUACAGGACCUGGCUCAGUGCUUGUGUGCUUAAUACAUAUUUGAUUUUAAUUUAUUUCAGUGUCAGUAUUAAUGUUGAUCUGAAGUAUUUUCAGAUUAUUUCAGUUGCUUGGGAUUUAUCAGUGAGCAAAACAAUGAUCCCUGCCUUCAUCUGAGUUUAUAGCCUGAUGAGGGGGCACAGUUGAGGACCAGUAAACACAAUAGAAAGUUUAUUUAAUGUGUUAGGUGAUAAGUGCUAUGGGAAAAAGAAGAUAGAGCAGGGUAAAGGUGGUCAGAGAGGCUUAGAUGAAGAACUGAAGAAGGAGUAUGUUGCUGCUGUUCUGCUUUGCGUCCUCGCUACAAACGCCUGGUGGACAACAUAUUCCCUGAAGAUCCAAAAGUAAUUUGAUCUACAUCUACUGAUCCUUCUCUUUGCUGACCCAUUCUGCCCCCCGCUGACCUCCCUAAGGAUGGCCUUGUGAAAGCUGAUAUGGAGAAAUUAACAUUUUAUGCAGUAUCUGCUCCAGAGAAACUGGAUCGAAUUGGUUCUUACCUAGCAGAAAGGUUGAGCAGGGAUGUCGUCAGACAUCGUUCUGGGUAUGUUUUGAUUGCUAUGGAGGCUCUGGACCAACUUCUCAUGGCUUGCCAUUCUCAAAGCAUUAAGCCAUUUGUAGAAAGCUUUCUUCAUAUGGUGGCAAAGCUGCUGGAAUCGGGGGAGCCAAAGCUUCAAGUUCUUGGAACAAAUUCUUUUGUCAAAUUUGCAAAUAUUGAAGAAGACACACCAUCCUAUCACAGACGUUAUGACUUUUUUGUGUCUCGAUUCAGUGCCAUGUGUCAUUCCUGUCAUAGUGAUCCAGAAGUACGAACAGAGAUACGAAUUGCCGGAAUUAGGGGCAUUCAAGGUGUGGUUCGCAAAACAGUUAACGAUGAACUUCGGGCCACCAUUUGGGAACCUCAGCAUAUGGAUAAGAUUGUUCCCUCCCUCCUGUUUAACAUGCAAAAGAUAGAAGAAGCUGACAGUCGUAUAGGCCCUCCUUCUUCUCCUUCUGCAACUGACAAAGAAGAGAAUCCUGCUGUGCUGGCUGAAAAUUGUUUCAGAGAACUGCUGGGACGAGCAACUUUUGGAAAUAUGAAUAAUGCUGUUAGACCAGUUUUUGCGCAUUUAGAUCAUCACAAACUGUGGGAUCCCAAUGAAUUUGCAGUGCACUGCUUUAAAAUUAUAAUGUAUUCCAUUCAGGCUCAGUAUUCUCACCAUGUGAUUCAGGAGAUUCUAGGACACCUUGAUGCUCGUAAAAAAGAUGCUCCCCGGGUUCGGGCAGGUAUUAUUCAGGUUCUGUUAGAGGCUGUCGCCAUUGCUGCUAAAGGUUCCAUAGGUCCAACAGUGCUGGAAGUCUUCAAUACCCUUUUGAAGCAUCUGCGUCUCAGUGUUGAAUUUGAAGCAGAUGAUUUACAGGGGGGAUCUGUAGGCAGUGCCAACUUAAACACAAGCUCCAAAGACAAUGAUGAGAAGAUUGUGCAGAAUGCUAUCAUCCAAACAAUAGGAUUUUUUGGAAGUAACCUGCCAGAUUAUCAGAGGUCAGAAAUCAUGAUGUUCAUUAUGGGGAAAGUACCUGUUUUUGGAACAUCUACCCAUACUUUGGAUAUCAGUCAACUAGGGGAUUUGGGAACCAGGAGGAUUCAGAUAAUGUUGUUGAGAUCUUUGCUUAUGGUAACCUCUGGAUACAAAGCAAAGACGAUUGUUACUGCAUUGCCGGGGUCUUUCCUGGAUCCUUUGUUAUCACCAUCUCUCAUGGAAGACUAUGAACUGAGACAGUUGGUCUUGGAAGUAAUGCAUAAUCUCAUGGAUCGCCAUGAUAAUAGGGCAAAGCUUCGAGGUAUCAGAAUAAUACCAGAUGUAGCUGACCUAAAGAUAAAAAGAGAAAAAAUCUGUAGACAAGACACAAGCUUCAUGAAAAAGAAUGGGCAACAGCUAUAUCGUCACAUAUAUUUGGGUUGUAAAGAGGAAGACAAUGUUCAGAAAAACUAUGAACUACUUUAUACUUCUCUUGCUCUUAUAACUAUUGAACUUGCUAAUGAAGAAGUAGUUAUUGAUCUCAUUCGAUUGGCCAUUGCUUUACAGGACAGUGCAAUUAUCAAUGAGGAUAAUUUGCCAAUGUUCCAUCGUUGUGGGAUCAUGGCACUAGUUGCAGCGUAUCUCAACUUUGUCAGUCAGAUGAUAGCUGUCCCUGCAUUUUGCCAGCAUGUUAGCAAGGUUAUUGAAAUUCGAACUAUGGAAGCUCCUUAUUUUCUACCAGAGCAUAUCUUCAGAGAUAAGUGCAUGCUUCCAAAAUCUUUAGAGAAGCAUGAGAAAGAUUUGUACUUUCUGACCAACAAGAUUGCAGAGUCACUAGGUGGAAGUGGAUAUAGUGUUGAGAGAUUGUCAGUACCAUAUGUACCACAAGUAACAGCUCUCUUUCCUUCAAGCAAAAAACCUCAUAAACCCAAGCACAAGUACAAAGAUGAAGAUCGGCUUUCUAGAAGAAAAAGCAUUGUGGACACCGUAUCCAUUCAGGUGGAUAUUUUAUCCAACAAUGUUCCUUCUGAUGAUGUGGUCAGUAACACUGAAGAAAUCACAUUUGAAGCAUUGAAGAAAGCAAUUGAUACCAGUGGAAUGGAAGAACAGGAAAAGGAAAAGAGGCGUCUUGUGAUAGAGAAAUUUCAGAAAGCACCUUUUGAAGAAAUAGCAGCACAGUGUGAAUCCAAAGCAAAUUUACUUCAUGAUAGACUUGCUCAAAUAUUGGAACUCACCAUACGUCCUCCUCCCAGUCCAUCAGGAACGUUGACCAUCACUUCUGGGCAUGCCCAGUACCAAUCUGUCCCAGUUUAUGAGAUGAAGUUUCCAGAUCUGUGUGUGUACUGAUUGGCUCAUGAAGACCUCAACAUAUGAUUUGUAAAGCCUAAAAAUUAAGGCCAAGCUGAGCUUUCAGGGUUUACUUAAUGUGUAUUAACAUACUUUAUGAAAAUAAUGAUGGCACUUAUCUUUAUCCAAAUGCUUGGCAUACUGUAUUAGAAGUUUUGGAGCUAUAUAUAAUUUUAAGUACUUUCAAAGAUAGAUUUAUGCCAUGUUAAUUUGCUUUGAGGUUCCUGUUGCCUUUUAAAGUUUGAUUUCAUUGUAUUCCACUGUUAAGUAGUAUAUUUUAAACUUUUCACAAAGGUAAUUUUUUUUAAAAAAGUAAGCCUUCAGAGGAUUGAGACUGUAUAAAUUGUUUAUUUCUUAAACAUCUACACAACUGCUUAGAUGUAGAAAUUUUGUUGUUUUCUGCAAAGGCAGAUACAUUCAAAUAUAUUCCUAGUCCUGGGGCUGCAAAACUGUUUGGUGGCUUUUUGUCCCCAUACUUUAGAUAAGCUGGGAUAGGCACCCCGCUAUUCAUUUACUAUAAUAAUAUGUGAUAGGCAUUCCUCAUCUUUUUCACAAUAAUAGGACAUCUGUUGUAUAGCAUUCCUUGAACAUGACCCUAAAAACGCCAUACUUUAAAUUGUCUGGUUCUUGUAAUACUGUGUUUCCUGCCAAGAGUUUGAUCAUUCUGCUUGAGAGCUGUAGAGCUUACUCUUGGAGUACCAAACCGUGCAAUAUUUUUACAUCAUAAGAUGUAUUAGUUUACAGGCUAUGCUUUGAAAUUGUAGUAUUUUGCUGUGGCUCCAUGAAUUAAAUGAGAUAUAUAUUUAGUACAGAAAAAAAGACAUUUAAAACAGUUACUAGUUCACCUGUGAAGAGUCUGUACAUUUUGAUUUCCAUUAAGAGCACAUUUAUUUACAUUUGUAUAUUGUGCAUUGUUUUAAAUCCUCAUAGUAAAAAAGUUCUUCAGGUGGAACUUUAAUUUGUAAGAUUUGAACUGACUUGUAUGCAUCUGUGUAGAAUUAGCUAGUUAUAUUUGAAAAGCUGCCUGUGUUUUAACAAUCAAGUAUGCUAAAGUUCGUCAAUUUAAGCUACUUUUGAUUUCACCUACCAAGAUCACAGGUGCACUCUACACAUACACUGACAGCCCUGUAACAUUAGGUACAUCUUAGUGAAUUUUAUCACGUGGUAAAAUGAACAGCUUUCUUUGUAACUCAUAAAAUUCUCUUAGGACAUUUUUAUAAAGUCACCUGUUUGUAGUUCUAUCUUUUCAGAUUCCUUUUUUUGUGGUUUUUUUUUUGUUUUGUUUUGUUUUUACAUAAAACAGCCUGCAUACCAAAAACUGUAGCCUAGAAAACAGUUUAAUUUUUGACUUUUGUUUUUGUUUAAAAAAUUGCAGUGAAGAAUGGGAUGUUUGUGUUUAUGGUUAUUAGGGCACCUUUAGUAGGAGCAGAAAAAAGCAGGGAAAUGAUAAUAGGACAAGCAUACUUGAAAAUUUUGGAUGCUAAACAAAAGUGGAACAUCUUGAAAACCAGUCUAGUCAUUGAGACCUACGAAAUGACACUGAAACAUCCUGGGCUGCUUAUUAAAUGUGGAUCAACAAGACUUGUUUCAGAAUGACGGCGGAGUCGUUGCCACUGGAGGACUGAAGGGCCCUGUUGCAGUUGUCACUGGAACUUUGCCUCUUGAUCAGGUAAAACGCUUCACCAAUCAAUAAAGCCAAGUUGUUUUUUUUUUUUUUUUUUUUUCCCCUUUUUUCCUUCUAUAUUUUUAAAGAAGGAUGUUAAUUUUUGAAUAUAUAUUUUAAAAAAUCUAAGCAGGGGGACAUGCAAAAACAAUCAUCAUCCAGUUGGAUGUCAUUUUAUAGAUUAACACUGUGUGCUUUUGUAUGGAAAAAAUAUAUAUAAUUUAAUAGUGUAAAAAAUAAAAUAUAUAUUCAUUUGCACUCAUGUGAAACAAACUUUGCUCUACAAAAUUUCAUGUUUCUUAGUGAUUUUAAAAUGCACGUAUUGCAUGUAAAGGAAAACCGUUACAAUUGAUGUUUAUCACACCUUUACCUUGGUCUUUGUUGAUUUGGGUUUUGUUGGGGUUUGUGUUACUGUUUUGAAAUAACAGUAGGCUUCUAUAUGGAUUUCUGAACUGGUCUUGUUGACAAGGAUUCCCAAGAAAUGGAUCUUUUCACUGGCUGACUCCCAUGUCUGCAGGAGAUUCUGCAGGAACUGGGUAUGCACACGGUGUUGUAGCCAGUUCGGGUACUGAACAUUUAGGAUUUGUUGAAGUUCACUGUAUUGCUAUAUUUUUGUAAAUAUAUAAAACUCUUAAUAAAUUGUUAAUCAUUCUCUUUUUGCUGUAUAGAGUUGUUUAUAUCACUUUUUCUUUCAUGACAUUGAACAGUUAACAUUUAAAUGUUCUUCCCGUACUUGUGUUGUCUGUAACCACUUAUAUACAGUUUUGUUGUUAUUGGAGUUUACCUGAAUACAUAUGCGCGCACACACACAUACUUCCUUAAUACUGCUGAACUCAUUAUCUUUUAGAAUAAUAAUACUACACUUUACCAGCAAUUAACUUGUCUCUACCCAAAAUGUCUGAAAAUGGAACUAAUUUGUCUUAUUCAAUGCUCAUAUCUGUAUUAAAUGUAAUGAAGUUAGUUUUUUAAAAUGUAAAAAUUCACUGUCCAAUUCAUAUGUAAGCAAUAAAACAUAAAUCAGA